GCCAAAACUCUCCCUGCACGUUCCUGGCUCCAGUUAAGUAUAAUGGAUAACUGUGAGAUGUAUGAAAAUACCUCCAAAUGCAUUGCGAGCUCCAAGAGCAUGGAAUGCUUCAUGGUGCUCAGCACACAAGCACAGAAGAUCAGCAUUGCCACACUUUGUGGCCUCUUUGGAAUACUGUGCAUUUUUGAGAACUGUCUAGUGCUUUACCUGAUCUUCUCCUCCUCUGGCACAAGGAGAAAGCCUUCUUACAUCUUCAUCAGCAGCCUGGCCUUGGCGGACCUCUUGGCCAGCAUCAUCUUUGUAGGAAGUUUUGUUAACUUCCAUGUCUUUAAUGAAACUGAUUCUUCUAAAGAAUUGUUCCUGCUGAAGCUGGGAGGGGUGAACACAUCUUUCACAGCCUCCCUGAGCAGCUUGCUGCUAACAGCCCUGGACCGCUACAUCUCCAUCAGCCGCCCCUCCAAAUACAAGCUGCUUGUGACGAGAAAGAGAGCGUGGACAGCUCUAGGAGUGCUCUGGCUGGGAUGUGUGGCCAAUGCCUUCCUGCCUCUGAUGGGCUGGAACUGCUGCACACUCAACUCAGCCUGUUCCGAGCUGUUCCCUUUUGUGGACAAUAAUUAUCUGUUCACUUGGAUCUGUCUUGUCUUGAUUUUGCUGGGGUGUAUUGUCUGCGCUUACUCACAUGUGCUGUGGAGGGCUCACCAGCAUGUGGCAUACAUGGAGAAACACCAGGUGCAUGUGGGAAAGCAGAACGCCAGGAUGAGGAUGGACAUCAUGCUGGCCAAGACCCUUGUCAUGGUGCUGACCGUCCUUGUGCUGUGCUGGUUGCCGGCCCUAAUUCUCAUGAUUUACAGCAUCUUUGUAAGUCUGAACAAUCACCUGCGCAAGGUGUUUGCCUUCUGCUGCACCCUCUGCCUACUCAAUUCUAUGGUGAACCCAAUUAUUUAUGCCCUGCGGAGCAAGGAGCUGUAUUCCUCCCUGAGGAUGCACCUUUCCCGAUGCAGGAGGCAGCUGAGGACCUCAAAUGACAGCCCGGAAGCAGAGAGCGCUCACAGGUCCUCCAUGAUAGAGACCGUCUGUGAGGACAUACAUGCCAUGUAGGGAUGCAGUGCCAGGAAGUCUGAGCUCAGCUGGAGUGUGGAUCAUUUCUCUUUCGGAUUGUUUUUAUUUUCUGUCCUUGUAGAAGUCCUGGGAGAUGACAGAUCGGGUUGUGGAGUCAGCUCCUACUGAUGCUUUCUUAGACACCGGGACACAAAAUGCCCAGACCUGUACAGACUGCCAUUCCCAGGGCUGCCAAGACCCGGUGCCAUGCCAUGGUGUGCUGCACACAAAGCAGAGGGUGAUGCCAUUCCUCGGAACAGCAAAUCCUGUCUGCCUGCCAGUAGCUACCUGACACUUUUCCUUGUGCUCAGUUAUGUCUGCCUCAGCAUUUCACAAAAUGUUGUCCCAGCCCUUUGCUUGGCACGGGCAGAGUUACACAAGCACUGCCAGCAAAGCUCUAGCAGCACAUCACUGCAUAGUAACAGUACACCUAUUUAUUCCUGCCUUGUAGACUUACAAAAACUUAAA